AUGUUGGAAUCACUGGUGGCAACCAUUCUCAAUCGCUUCCUCGGCAAUUAUGUAUCCAACCUCAACUAUGACCAGCUUAACAUUGGUGUUUGGAAAGGAGAAGCAAAUCUUCGAGAUCUCAAACUGAGGCGAGAAGCACUGGAUAAACUUGACUUGCCUAUCGACGUGUUGGAAGGAUACUUGGGCGAGCUAACCUUGAGCAUUCCAUGGUCAAACUUGAAGACGAAGCCUGUCAAGGUGUUCAUUGAAAAUGUUUAUUUGCUUGCCGUUCCCAAAAGUGAAGCAACGCUGUCAUUAGAGGAAGAAGAAGAACGUGCUCAACAACUCAAGCAGCGACGUUUGGCUACCGCAGAGUUAUUAUCGCAACAACGACCAGAAAAACAAAAGGAUGGCAAAGAUCAGCAGACAUCUGAAGAAGGCGAUGGAUUCCUCAGCCAGCUGACAACCAAAGUCAUUGACAAUCUACAAGUUUCUAUCAAGAAUAUCCAUUUACGAUUUGAGGACAACGUUUCUGAUCCAGGCCAUCCAUUUGCUGCUGGAAUCACGCUCAAAGAGUUAUCAGCUGUUUCUACCGAUGGACAAUGGAAUCCUACAUUUAUUAGCGAGAUGACCAAUACCAUUCAUAAGCUGGCUACGUUACACUCGCUGUCUGUUUAUUGGAACACCGACGCCAAAUCACUUGCAGGCCUUCCCCACGAAGAAGCAUCACGUAUCUAUACCGAUCUGAUUCCUGAUGGUUCAAAUGACCCCAAAGAUCAUCAAUACAUUCUCAAGCCGGUAUCAGGCACUGGCAAAGUGAAGCUGAAUAAGCAAUUUGGUGGAGAUACAGCAAAGACAGACAUCACGCUUCUAUUCGAUGAGCUCGGUGUGUGCCUCGACGACCAUCAGUAUCGAGAUGCCUUGCUCCUUGUCGACCUUUUCCAUAUCAAUUUGAAAAAGCAAAAGUAUCUCAAGUUCCAUCCUGAAUACAAUGCUGACAAGAAGUUCAACCCACGUGCGUAUUGGAAGUUUGCUACAAGUGCAGUGUUGUCAGAGAUCCAUGAACGUAACUAUCAAUGGACCUGGGAUCAUUUUCGUACACGAAGAGAUCAGCGGCGUGCCUACAUUGAAUGCUAUGUGGCUUCAAAGACAAAGAAGGCUACUCAAGAACAAGAGGACAAGUUAGCCGAGCUGGAGCGCAUCCUUAGCUUUGAUGAUAUCCGAUUUUAUCGCAGCCUUGCCAAGAACCAGUUGAAGCGAGAGAAGAUCAAAAUUGAGCAAGAGAAGAAGAAGAAUGAAAGCGAGAACAAAGGAUGGUUCAGUUCGUGGUGGUAUGGUGGUUCAUCUUCCGAUAAGUCAAGUCCUGAAGGAGAGGAUGAACCUUUGGUGAUGACUGAAGAUCAAAAGCGCGAGCUAUACGAUGCGAUUGACUAUGACGAGGAAAAAGCAGCUAUAGCAGCAGCUGUUGAUAUGCCCAAAGAUACCAUCAAGUUCAAAAUCAAUACGGAGCUCAAACGAGGAUCGCUUUCACUUAUGCAGUAUUCUCACACCGCCAAACGCCAAGAUCUUGCAUCUCUCGUAUUUGACACGGUUACAGUUGGUGUUACCCAAUACAUUGAAUCCUCCCAGAUUGCUGUUGGUCUCAGGGAUCUUCGAUUGUACGAUGGAAUCACCCCGAAUACCCUAUAUCCUCAAUUGAUUGGUAUUAGGAAAGGCGAUCAGAUUAGAUCCAUUGAUAAUACCACGCAUGAUGAUGAGAGCGACACACAGGAGCCUUUACUAUACGCCGUGCUGGAUCACAAGCCAUUCAACAAUAUCGCUGACAAUGCAAUCAAGCUCAAGUCUCGUCGUUUGGAAAUCAUAUUCAAUCCAGCCAUUGUACGUGGUGUUCUUGACUUUUUCAAGCCUCCAGAGAACAAGUCUGAAAGCAUCAAUGCCUUACUUGAAGCGGCUGGUGAAUCGUUGGAAGGCUUCAAACAGCAAACGUUGACUGGUUUAGAAUAUGCUCUCAAUCAGCAUACAACCCUUGCAGUGGAUAUGGACAUGGAUGCACCCCUCAUCAUUAUACCCGAAAGUUGCACCCAGAAGCAUACUCCUUGCAUGAUUAUUGAUGCCGGACACAUUCGUAUCGACAGCGACUUGGCGAAUCACGAGUUGGCUAAUGAAUACAAGGGCAAAAAGAUCAGCAAAGAGGAUUAUCAGCGUUUACAGAGCUUGAUGUACGACAAGUUCCAUGUUCAGCUGACACAAACGAAGCUAUUGAUUGGGAAAGAUGUUCAAGCAUGUCUGCAGCAGCAGCAACAAGAUGAAGUAGGACAAGAUUACGUUAUUCAGCGAAUCGACAUGACGUUCAUUGUCGAGCUUUGUAUCCUGCAACGUGCAUCACAAUUUACAAAGUUCAAAAUUUCUGGACAUCUUCCAUUGUUAUCAGUCAACAUUUCGGAUGCAAAGUACAAGGUGCUUAUGCGCAUGAUCGAUCUUAUAUUGGGCAGCAUAUCUUCUGGCGAUGAUCAAUCAGCUCAAAUUGAGACACCACCUAUUUCCUCGAAUCAGCAGCGAAAGCAAUCUCUCUUCCUCGGUCAAACAACCUGGAAUAGCAAGGAUGAUCUUCUUAUAUCAGAUGCAGAAAGUGAAUCCAGCUCGAGCCCAUCAUGGAGAUCUCAAAGCCAACAAUCUGUGGAUACAAACACGACAACACUUGCAACACCAUCGAGUGCUACAGGAUCAUUUGCAGUGAUGAGCAACCAUUACCAGCAUGAAGAUUUCAGAUUUACCUUUACGGUGGACAAGGUUUCUGCUACUGUGCAUGAGGCAUCGGAUGAAGGCGAUGACAAGCUAUUGUGUGAGCUUAUUUUGGAGACAUUUUAUUUGGAUUUCGUAUCGCGGCCCUAUGACAUGGUUGUCAAUGUUUCGUUGAAGACACUCAAUGUUGUUGAUGAUAUGGAGCAUGGUGAAGAGUUUCAUUACCUUGUUACAUCCAAUGCAGUUGGUGGCACUAGACAGCAAACUGGCAACCUCGUCAAUGUCAAGUACAUCCAGGCCAAACGCUCUCAUCCACUCUAUCAAGAAAUUUACCAAGGUUUCGACCAAACAGUAGAAAUCGGAUUAUCAACGCUCAACAUUAUCGUGACACGAAGCUCAUUGUUGACACUCUACAAUUUCAUUUUGACAACAUUCACUGGCCCGAGUGAUAAUGAGCAGCAACAACAGCAAUCAUCAUCACGUCGCCUAUCACAAGGCUCUGCAAACAAAACGAGCGCAACACAAGCUUCAGCAAACGCACCCGCUUCGAGCAAUACAAUCAAGGUGGAUAUACAUAUGGAUUCAUUGACGCUUAUUUUGAAUGAUGAUGGCAAACGACUCGGCACUGGUGUCUUGUCUUAUGGCGAUCUCAAAGUGCUAUUGUAUCCCAAUACGCUCAAGGUGGAAGGAAAAUUUGGCAACUUCACUUUGACAGACGACAGUGCGGUGGGACCUACCAAUGAGCAGAAUGGAGCAUCCGAAGUGUAUAUGCUAAGUAUCAAGGGAGAUGAGCUUGCCGACUUUUCAUACGAGACCUACGAUCCUGCUGCACCUGAGUACCCUGGAUAUGAAUCCCAAUUUUACUUGAGAAUGGGUGCACUUCAAUUCAAGCUGCUUGAUUCGACAAAGCCUAUCCUUGAUUAUUUGAGUGAGUUCUUGGAGAUGAAAACGGUGUAUGAUGCUGCUCGUGAAGCUGCGGCUCAGCAGAUCCAGCAACAGCAAGAGACGAACUCACGUAUGCACUUUGAUGUGGCUAUCAAGAGCCCUGUUGUAAUUUUCCCAAUGAGCGACAACGGUGAUAUGAUCCUUGCGCAUUUGGGUGAGAUUCGAGCAGCCAAUGAAUUUACUCAAGUGACUCGUCGUAAGCACACGGAUAUGACAUCUGCACCUCGUGAUAUUUCGGUCAGCAGGAUUCGUUGCGGUUUAUAUGAUAUCAGCCUACGAUCUUAUUCCACGAGUACUACUUCAAGUGAUGGUGGCACCCAAUUACGUGAGCUGUCAUUACCUAUCAUUGACGACUUGGAUAUUGCCUUUUUGAUUGAAAGCCCUGAGACACCAGCACCAGAGUGGGGACCAGCUACUCGAAUCACUGGUACGGUUUCUGAUAUUCGAAUGGCACUCACUGAGAGGCAAUACAAGUGGCUAUUGGAUAUCUACAACAACCUUAUGGAAACGUUCAUGAGUGGUGGUGGCAAUGAAGAAGAGAUGAAUGAUAUCCAAGAUGAUCGACUCAGCUUCCAUUCAGCGUCCGUACGUAGCCAACCACGACCACAGCAAAAAGAAAAAGAACGAGCUGUACCACCAAAAAGCACCAAUGCAAUCCAACUUGCUAUGACCAUGAGCCUUAACAUGGUGCGUUUGGAACUUCUUGCUGGAUCAGAUGCAGACCCUAAGGAAUGGGAUCAACACCGAAUUGCCGAACUUGCAUUCAACAAUACGAGCAUGUCAAUGCAAACGAUGGAAGAUGCAUCGAUGUUACUUGAAGUACAAAUGGGAUCAAUCACCUUCAUCGACACACGUGCAACAUCAUCAUCCAAAUUCCGCCAAAUCAUGACACCCUCCCAUGUGGAUGGCCCACAAUUUCAAGUGCAAUUACGGAUGCCGGCUAAACACGAGCAACAAAUCAUGUCAGUAUCUGCCACCGUUGAUUCUCCCAAGGUGGUGCUUUCACUCGACUACGUCUUUUUGCUUGUCGACUUUUUCAUGAAGCCAUUCUCACCAGAGCCGACGACUGAAGCCCAAGCAUUUGCAAAGUCGCAACGUGAGCGAUAUACGAAUGGAAAUGAUGAUUCAUCCAAAGGUCGUAAGCAAUCGAUUGCUUCUUCAGCUGUCAACCCUUCGCAGCGUUCCAUCAAAUCUCAACAACAACAACAACAGCAGCAGCAACAACAACAACAAGAAACGAAUCCCAUGCAGCUGCAUUAUAAUGUCAACAUUGUGGAUGUGGAACUUGCAUGUUUGGCCAAUCCAGAGUCUCAUUCUUCUGAAGCGGUGAUCCUCUCAUUUAAGCAACUCACAGCGAUUCAACAAGAGUCAUUGGUAUGCAAGCUUGAUAGCAUUGGUAUGGUGCUUUGUCGCAUGGAUAGCCCCAAAGGAUCUGCUAUUCCUUUUAUUCAGAAUUUCGAUGUGGAUUUGAAAUGGGAAACGUCUUCGAAUAUGCCUGGCUGCAGUAUCACCAUGCUACAAGUCGAUGUCCAACCGCUCAUUGUUCGUAUCUCGUAUCAGGACGCCAUGCUGGUAAUGGAUAUCGUCAACAAGGCACUUGCAUUGAUGGGAUCCAACUCUGCACCUCCACCAGGUGCUCAAGGUUUUGAUGACGGAUCGGUGAAUAACAACAAUGGUGCCCUGCCAAUAGCUGCAUCCGAUGAUCAAUCGCGACAACAGGAACAAGAAGACAAUGGCAUGGAGAAUCAGUGGGGAUCAUCGAACACGAAUCAAUUGCAAAAGAUUGAGCCCUAUAUUGUGAUGUCAAAGGAAUCGUUGAAAGCACGCUUUGAAGGAUUACAAUUCACACUUAUCGAAGACCUCCAUGAGCUUCCAUUUAUUGAUGCAUCUUUGCAACCAUUCACUGUGAAUGCAUCGGACUGGUCGAGUGCUCUCUCUGCGGAUAUGUUCUUCACCUUUGCGGCAUCCAGCUUUAAUUUCAGGAACUCACAUUGGGAACCAGUCAUUGAACCUUGGGGAUUUGGUAUCAAAGCAGCACAGGACCCAGCUACCAAAGCCAUGUCGGUCAAGAUCGAAUCCAAAGAAUCACUCAACUUGGAUGUUACGCACAACUUUUUGGAAACAUUACUCUCAAUCUCGGACACCAUGGUCCAAGCACAGACACCUCUUCCUGAAAAUGCUCAAAAGCACAUGCGUCCUUAUUUGAUCCGUAACUGCACUGGCUAUGAUUUGCAAUUCUGGAACAUGUCCGACGAUGCUGGUGUGAGUGACAUUGGAUCCAACAAACACGCUCUCAAGGAUGGUGAGGAGAUGCCAUGGACAUUCAGAGAUUGGAAACGACGUAGAGAGAGACGCCAUCCUGGUCAGAAUUUGCUUGGUGUUCAUGUCGAAGCUUUCAAUUGGAAGAGCGUACAGCAUGUGUCCUUGGAUAAAGAAGGCGUGCACACAUAUCGUAUGAAGGAUGAAGUCGACGGCAUCAGGCAUCGCUUAGUGGUGGAUAUCAAGCUCAAGAAUCAUGUCAAGCAAGUGACAUUCCGCAGUGGGUUGUUGGUGAUGAAUCAGACACUGGAACCUAUGCAGCUUGCUUUAACGAAUGCCGCAAAGAGCAAGCGAGUAUCCGAAAUUUGGCAUAUUGAACCAGGAAAUGAGUUUGCUAUACCUAUUGCAAAGACAUACAACAGCUGGCUGGUUACUCGUCCAAAUGACCGAUAUGAGUGGAGCUCCCCGGCAUUGCAUUGGACCGAUAUUACACAUCCAAAGGGCCCCAAGCUGAUUUCAUGCAAGCCGCUGGAAAGAGACGACAACGUGUUUUAUUUCCAAGUUCAGGGUGUCUUUGACAAGCUCAAUCCUAUUGCACGUGCUUAUCCAAACAUGACUGUGCAGCUUGGUGCACCCAUCGAAGUCAAGAACGAGCUUCCAUUCGACUUUAAUUACACCAUCGAGGAUAAAACCGAAGGAAAUCUAUUCUCUGGAAAGGUGUCCAAAGGAGAGAUUGGUUAUGUGCACCACAUCAACAGCGACAAUCACGUGGCUUUAAGUAUACACGUCCAAGAUACAGUAUAUGCGCCUAGUGACUUUGUGGACAUCAAGUUGGAUACUGCAGAUGAUGGCACAGUCUCCCAGCAAAUACGACUUGGCAAUGACGGAAGUAACCCACCACUUGAUUUGAUGAUGCAUGUUGCACGCCUACGGAAAACAAGCGAUGCUCUUUGGAUCAAUAUUUGUGCACCAUAUCUCGUCUUGAAUAAGACCGGAUUCCCCGUUGCUAUCAGGUCGCGUAUGAGCUAUCGACAAUCCAAACAUCCAACAUACACCAUUGAUGCAUUUGAUGGGUCUGCAGAGGUCACACCAUUCAUGUUCUCAUUCCCUGAGAUGGAUAGACGUAAUCGCGUUCAAAUAUCGGUCAAUGAAUCAAAGAUGAGCGAGCCUCUCAGUUUCGAAGCUGUUGGCAGUGUACAAGACAUUGUUUUGCAAUCCACCCAAAGUAGCCAACAAGUCCAUAUUGGUGUGCAUGUACAAGAAGGCACAGGGAUUUACCACAUGUCGAAGCUAGUUACUAUAGCACCACGCUUCAUAUUGAAGAACAACCUUGGUGUCGAUGUGCGAUAUCGCGAGUUUGCCUCGGAUGAAGAAGCGAAGACGAUUGCAACCGGUGAUAAACAAUCCUUAUUCCAUCUUUCAAAGUCAAGUGUGCGAUGGCUUUCGUUACGUCUGGAUCAAGAAGGUGGUAUAUGGUCCGCGCCUUUUGACUUGCAACAAAUCGGUGACAAUUACAUCAAGCUUGAGCAUCCUCGCCGACAAGAAACGAUACCCCUUCUUGUGAGAGUCUCCAUUGUCAUGCAGGAAGCGACUAUCUUUGUCUUUUUGGAAACCGAGAAAGCAUGGCCGUAUGGUAUUGUCAAUCUAUCCAGUGUACCAGUGGCCUUCUCCCAAGAGGCCAUAGGGAUGGAAGAGUACAAGUUGAGCAAUCGUCAAAAGAAAGCCAUCCCAUCGCCACGUGUAUUUGAGCUACAACCUGGUGAACGAAUGGCGUAUUCAUGGUGUAUGCCAGUGGCGCAUGAGAAACGUCUCAAGCUGAACAUUUAUGGCAAAACGAGCAGCGUCAACUUCCAAGCCAUUGGCACACAAGUACCAAUUCGAUAUAAGAAACAACAACAAGCACAAAUUGGACAAUCCAUUGGUCCUGGCAUCAUGUCCUUGGAUAUUGUGGCAGUGGAUUCGGCAUUACAAUUGAGACUUACCGACUUUGACAGCAACAUCAGCCCGUUCCGCCCAAAGUCGUCUGCGACAUCUACAGCAGCAUCAAGCUCUCGAGAAGGAAGUUUACGUGACACAUUCGAAGCUGUCAGCAUCAAUCAUGUUGUGAACUUUUCGCUUGAACUCAACCUCGCAAACAUUGGCAUCUCAAUUAUCAACAAGCGUGUUCAGGAAAUGGCUUAUGCAACGAUACGAGAUGUACGCUUCAAGUAUACGGAUUCCAAUCAAUACCAAUCAAUCCGCACUAGCAUUCAGUGGUUACAGGUUGACAAUCAAUUCCAUGGAUCGAUUUAUCCGAUUCUCUUUUAUCCUACCACGCUUCCCAAAAACAGCGUGGAUGAUCAAACGCCGACAUUCCACCUUGCACUUGAUUUAGUCAAAGAUGAUGCACAUGGUGUAUACAACUUCAAGCUCUUCUCGCUCCUGCUGCAAGAAAUGACAUUUGAGAUGGACGAGGACUUUUUAUACUGUCUACUCGAGUUUACACAAUUUGCAUCUACUCAACAAAGCCAGGCCAUCACGGACGCAACACUAUUCAAAAAAGAAAUACCGGAACCAGAAUGCCAGCAGGUGCCCGCGCUAUACUACUUCCAAGAAUUCUGUAUCCAACCAAUGCGACUCAAUUUGUCAUUUAUGCGAACGGAGCAUCUCAAUGCUGCAGAGGCGAGUGAAGAAACGGGUCGUUCUCCUUUCCGCUAUGCGUUCGACGUAUUCACAAUGACUAUUGGCAACGUCAAUGAUGCACCAAUCAAACUCAACGCAUUGAUUGUCGAGAACCUGCGAGUGAGUAGCAGCGACCUCAUGCAAAGAAUCACAUUGCAUUAUCGAGAUGAAGUCAUUUUCCAAGUACACAAGGUCCUGGGUAGUGUGGACUUUUUGGGCAACCCUGUUGGAUUAUUCUCUACGCUUAGCUCUGGAUUCGGUGAGCUAUUUUAUGAACCAUAUCAAGGUUUUAUCAUGAGCGAUCGACCCCAAGAUUUAGGCAUUGGUAUUGCCAGGGGUGUGGGCGGCUUUAUGAAAAAGAGUGUCUUUGGCGUGACCGAUAGUGUGAGUCGUAUCACAGGAAGCAUAGGAAAAGGUCUAUCGGUUGCUACCAUGGAUAAAAAGUUCCAAGACAGACGCAGGAUCAAUCACAAUCGCAACAAACCACGCCAUGCAGUAUAUGGUAUCACGCAAGGAGCCACCUAUUUUGGAUCCAGUAUAGCAAGUGGUGUUGCUGGUCUUGUGAAACGACCCAUCGAAGGUGCAGAAGAAGGAGGAGUCAUUGGUUUUGCAGGUGGCAUUGGUCGUGGUCUCGUGGGUGCGGUAACCAAGCCCUUGGUUGGUGUGUUUGAUUUGGCAAGUAAUGUCACGGCUGGUGUACGUGAGACGACGACAGUGUUUGAUGCAAACGAUAUCGGUCGAGAACGGUUGCCGCGAUACAUUGCAAUGGAUCACAUUUUGAGACCUUUCUCACAACGUGAAUCUCUUGGACAAAUGUGGCUCAAGGAUUUGGCAAGCGGCAAAUAUUAUCAUGACAUCUAUAUGGCGCACUGUGCAACCGAUCGUGACGAAAACAUGGUCCUUUUGACAUAUGAGCGCUUACUGGUGAUCAAUACACGCAAGCUUGAUGUCGAAUUGGAAGUACGCUUGGAUAAUAUCAAGGAAUGCACAUCCAAACCAGAAGGCCUUGUUGUCGUACUUAAGGAUGGUAGAGACCCCGUUGUCAUUGGUAUCUCGGAGACUACUAGCUGUCAAUGGCUUGUGGAGCAAAUUGAAUCGACCAUGGAACGAAGAAGAGAGGAGAAAGAUCGUCGUUAG